AUGAAGGGGGUAACUUUCAUCUGUAUUCUCUUUCUUGUCAGCUCUGCUUCCUCCAGGGGCCUGUUUCGUCGAGAUGCACCCAAUAGUCAGCUUGGUCAUCGGUACAAGGACCUGGGAGAAGAGCAUUUCAAGAGCCUCAUGCUGGUUGCCUUUUCUCAGAUUCUCCGGAAGUCCACAUUAGACGAGAUUUUAAAACUGACAAAUGAAAUAACUGAUUUUGCAAAAGGAUGUGCUCAUGACCAGUUAGCUGAAAAUGUUUGCAACUUAUUUCACACCACUUUUGCAUAUAAACUGUGUUCAGUCGCAUCUCUUCGUGCCUCCUAUGGGGACAUGGCUGACUGCUGCGAGAAACAAGAGCCGGAGAUAAACGAGUGCUUCCUGAGACACAAAGAUGAUAAGAUAUACUUCCCUAUAACUGUGAUACCAGAGCCCGAUGCAAUGUGCACUGCCGUUCAGAAAAGUGAACAGAAGUUUCUGGAACAAUCCUUAUAUGAAGUUGCCAGAAGAAAUCCUUACUUUUAUGGCCCAGAGCUCCUUUACUAUGCUCAAGAAUUUAUAGGAGAUUUAACAAAAUGCUGUGAAGCUGCUGAUAAAGUUGCCUGCCUGGGACCAAAGAUUAGUGCCACAAAGAAAAAUGUACUGUCUGCAGCUUCCAGAGAGAAUUUCAAGUGCUCCAUUCUCCACGCUGGUGGAGAAAGUGCUUUGAGAGAAUGGUUCUUAGUUCGCCUGAGCCAGAAAUUUUCCUGUGCUGACUUUAUGACGGUUUCCAAAUUGGUGACAGAUCUUACCAAAACCCACAAGGAAUGCUGCCAAAGUGACCUGCUUGGAUGUGCAGAUGACAGGGCGGAUCUUGCCAAGUACAUGUGUGAAAAUCAAACAUCAAUCUCCAGUAAAUUGGCAGAAUGCUGUAAUAAGCCUGUGUUGGAAAAAUCCCACUGCCUUGCUGAGAUGGCAGGUGAUAAUUCGGUUACUAGCUUGGUCCCAUUAACUACUGAUUUUGUUGAAAAUAAGGACGGUUGCAAAAACUAUAUGGAGGCAAAAGAUGUCUUCCUGGACAAGUUUUUGCAUGAGUUCUCAAGAAGGCAUCCUGACUAUUCUGUCUCAUUGAUACUGAGACUUGCCAAGGCAUAUGAAGCUACACUGGAGAAGUGCUGUGCCACCGGUGAUGAUGAUGCAUGCUAUUCCAAAGUGUUGGAUGAACUUCAGCCUCUUGUGGAUAAGCCACAGGAAUUAAUGCACAAAAAUUGUGAAAUUUUUGAAAAAGUUGGAUGGUAUGGCUUCCAAAAUGCGCUGCUGAUUCGUUACACAAAGAAACUACCGCAUCUGUCAACUCCAACCCUUGUGGAUCUCUCACACAAACUAGCAGACAUGGGCAGCAAGUGUUGUAAGCUUCCCGAAUCACAAAGGACGGCUUGUUCUGAAGACAAUCUGUCCUCAGUCGUGAACGAGUUGUGCUUGGCACAUGAGAAGACACCAGUGAGCAACAGAGUUACCAAAUGCUGCACAGAGUCAUUGGAGAACAGACUGCCAUGCUUUUCUUCUCUGGAACUUGAUGAAACUUAUGUUCCCAAAGUAUUUCGUACUAAUACAUUCACCUUCCAUGCAAAUGUAUGCACACUUUCUGAGUUUUCGCGACAGGUCCAGAAACAAACUUUACUUGUGGAGCUGUUGAAACACAAGCCCAAGGCAACCGAUGAAAAACUGAAAACUGUUACGGAUAAUUUCUCAGCUUUUCUACAGAAGUGCUGCGCAGCUGCUGACAAAGAGGCCUGCUUUUCUGAGGAGGGUCCAAAACUUGUUGCUUCAAGUCAAGCUGUCUUAGCCUAA